AUGCAGGGCAGCAAGAAGGGCACAGACGGCUUCAGCGACACCUCGAGCAUCGGCAGCGUGCUGGACGAUGCCGACAGGGAGGUGAGCAGCCUCACGGACCGGGCGUUCCGGAGCUUGUGCAUCUCAGAAGACACGUCCUUCAGUGACUCCGACCUGGCCCUGUCCCCGGAUUCCACCCGCCAGGUGUUCGGGAAUUUUCCCCAGGGGACGGUGAGCCACGCCCGCAGGAAGAGUGGCAUUUGGAGCCAGUUGCCGUCGCAAGGCACGGAGCACGCCGGCUGGGCAGCCACGUUCCAACAGCUCCCCAAAUACGUUCAAGGAGAGGAGGAGUACCCCAAAAGCAGCCCCCCACCGACACCGGCCCAGAGGAGACUGGAGGUGCCCAUUCCUGGCCUGAGGAGCAGCAGCAAGCCUAUUUCCAAAGUGUCCUCACUAAUUAAAUCCUUCGACAGGACCGAGAGCCAGCCAUGCGACAGCAGGCCUCCUACCAACAAGCCUCCGGCUAUCAAAACCACCCCCAAAUUCGCUCCUCUUCCCGAAAGUGGGGUCAACUUCUGCUUUGAUUCUGCCUUUCUGACGGUCAGGAGGGUGCCCGCGGAGGUCUCCGGCACGCAGCCCGGCAGGAAGCAUGCGGAGCAGGAGCCCCCCAGGAGCCCUGAGGGGGCCUGUCAGGGCUCCAGCAGCCUCCUCCCAACACCCGACAACGGGGCCAACUCAUUGGAGCCCCCGUUCUCCUCCCCGCCCCACAGACCGGCCCUGGGGGAGCCCGGGAGAAGCCAGGAGUGGGCUCGCAAAGGCACCUUCCUUCACAGCGAAAACAGUGCCUUUGAGUCGUGGAGCAGCCACCAGCCAAGGCUGCUGGAGCGGAGGGAGCCUGCUGAGGCCGCCCCUGGAAACAAACCCCCCAAACAUUAUGAGGACCCGCCCUCGUUAAGAGAGUCCCAAGCCCCUGCGAGCAAGGUCUCUCCCUGCCACCUCCGGGCCAGCUGUGGGCACGAAGAGAACAGGCUGACAGCGGGCACUCUCUCCACAUCUGGACCCUGGAGGUCUAGGGACCCGGGAGCUCAGGUGUUCCCCACGGAGGAAAAGGCCUCCAGCUCGCAGCCUGACCUCCCCGCGAAGUCCAGCCAGGCCCCGUGGAGGAAACCAAAGACUCGAAAAGGAGGCAAAGAAAGUGCGCAGGAGGCUUCGGAAGAGAAGCAGGCCAGCAGGCCCGGCCCGGCCUUGUAUACGAAGCACAAUCCCCAGGGGCAGUUUCCAGAAAAUGAUGCUCUUGGCAAUGUGGACCCCCGUGACUGCUACAACCCUCCUUUCAACAUCAGCAAGCUGCUGACCCCCAUCAUACCCACCAAGCACGUCCUGGAUCCAUCCCACAGCCCGCCAGCGGAGGGCACCCCAUCACCCCCAGGGCAGCUGAACGGCUACCAAGAGGAGCCCAGCGAGUCCCGGGACAGCUACAAAGCCAGGGCCCCCAGCCUGCUGUUCAACCUCAAGGACGUGCGCAAGCGCGUCAAGAGCACAUACAGCCCCUCGCCUCUCUUAAAAGGCCCCGAUGAGAAAAGCAGAGGCAAGCACGAGCCCCUGAGCAAUGGCACCGUCCUUCCCAACGGGCUGGAGGAAAGCCCCCCACAGGAGCUUUGUAAGGAGAGACCAGCUGACACUCCUCUGUCCCACGUCAGUGCCCAGAGCGACCCUAAGGCCGAUCCUGGUGCAACCUCCGCAGACAACUACCUGGCCCCCAGCUCACCUCCAGCUGCCGCCACAGCCCCCUCCUGUGUCAACGGGGAGGCUGCCGACAAAAGCAGCUGUGAGGACGCCACCCACGGAGAUCCCGAUGUGGGUGCCGCCAGGCCCAGCCGGUCCCCAGGCACCAGGCAGCGCUGCCCCCGGAGGCACCUGUCCCUGAAGCUCUGCAGCGGGGAGCCCGAGGCGGGGCGGGCUGCGCAGCACCUGCGGGCCCCCAGCCUGGAGAACCGGUUCUCCAGAUCCGUUUCUCAAGAGACAGAACCCGAGAGAGAGGCGGGACUUCGGGAUCCGAACCUCAACCAGAAAGUCUCCCCGGGGCCCCUUUCUCCCGAGGAGGAAGAUGUGUUUUACAGCGACAGCCAGUCUGACUCUGUGCCAGGCCUCAAAGGUAAGGCCAAGUUCAGCACCAGCUCUUCAGAUCAGUCGUUUGCCUCGUUCGAGGAUCAGCAGAAGAUGGGUUUCGCUGAGAGCCCACGGGAAGACGGGAGGAAUGGCGGGAGUGCAGGUGACGGAGAGAAGGAGAAGGGGCUGGAGGAGCCGCAGCACCGCGCCUCCGGUGAUGGGUCCACGUGCGCGGAGGAGCAGAGCGGGAGGGGAACGUGGCGAGCGGCCGGGGAAAGUGUGUGUGGAGAGAGGCCCAGGAAGGCGUCGAGGGAGGAGGCUGACUUCAGAGGCGCUUGGAUCGGGGGGAGCAAGGACACAGCCCUUUCCCCAUCUUCCACGUCCAACAGGCACAGGCUGUUUGCAAUCAAAGACAACACCCUCAGGGCCACGCCCGUGAUAAGGCCCAUCAUGCUGCCCCUGCUGAGGGCCUUGUCCUCGGAGGACCCGCUGGGCAGUGGCCACAAAGAGGAGGAUGUGCCAAGGCCGGGCUGGGGCGAGGAUGCUGGCCUUUGUGCCCCCAAGAGCCAGGAAAUGCCCAGCACCCCAACACCCACUGGCAUGAGGGGCCCACUCUUACAGCAUGUGGCCCACAAAGGAAGGGAGGACCAGGGGUGGGCGUCCGGUGUGGCCAGGAGGGAGACCCGGGGGAAGGUCCCGUCUCCCCCGCUCGCAGGAGAGGCUGAGGGGCUGGAGCCGCCCCCGGACGCCGUGUGGAAGGUUGUGGCCAACGAGGGCAGGAGCUACUCCACAGCCCUGGGGGAGCCAGAGGCUCCAAGGUGCAUCCCCACAAUUGCUCUGCCCGAAAGUGACUUACAAGGCCAGCCACCCCCACAGCAACGCAGAACCUCCUGGGAAGAGCAGACGCAAGAUUUCCAAAGUCACUUUUUGUCUACACCCCGAGUGGGCCCCCCGGGGAGGAGGCUGGCUGCUGGCGAGCCCGCGGCUUCCCCCAACAGCAGCUCGCUGGAGGGCAGCAGCGCGCACUCCCCCGCCGCCAGCAGCCUGUGGGACGAGGCUGCUCAGGGCCCCUGUGAGCUGGGCCUGAUGCCGGGGGAGCCUUCCCGCCCCGGACCCUGGGCCACCCCCGGCCCCGGCCCCGCCAGGGUGGCCCGGAGGGAGGACCUGACGCACGCCUUCACGUGGGAGGCCAGUGCCGACCCGCAGCUGGAGCCGUCCGCGGAAGACCUCAGGACCCUCUCUCCAGGAGGCUCGUUGCUGGACGUGGCCUCCGGCUCGGCCGUCCUCCCUGACAAAGCACAGCCUUCUGCUCACCUGGAAAGGGCGGCGGCCAAGCCCCCGGCAGUGCCGCCCAAGACAGAAAAGGCCCUGCGGCGGGCGAAGAAGCUGGCCAGCAAGAGGAGGAAGACUGACCAGACGCAGGACGUGCCCGGCGGCGCCCGGGAGGAAAAGCCGCCCCUGGAGGACGCGGCGCACAGGCCCUUGUCCCCCGGAGAGAGGCUGCUGCCCAGGUUCCCCGCCGUCCGCGCCCUGCCCCCUCCCGUGCACCGCCACUCGGUGGCCACCUUCUCAGAGCCUGACCGGAGGCGGUCGGGGGGGGCCCAGUCCCUCAGGCCCCUGCUCCCCUACCCUGCCACCCAGAAGGUCCUCCAAGACCCCCAAUCUGGGGAGUACUUUGUCUUCGACCUGCCGCUUCAGGUGAAAAUGAAGACCUUCUAUGACCCAGAGACAGGCAAAUAUGUCAAGGUCCCCAUCCCAUCUUCUGAGGAGGGCUCCCCGGAACCACUCCCGCCCGAAGUGUUUGCCGCCCCCUACGUGCUGUGCCCUGGCAUCCGGCCCCUGCACGCCACGGCCUUGUUGCCACUGCGCUGCUCCUCUCAGCUCUCUGCCCCCACCUUCCUCGGGCAGGGCCCUGGCGCCUCGGAGGCAGCCCGCCCUGCGCCCCCCAACACCUACCCUGCUGACCUACAGCCAGCCCCCCGGCCUCCUGGCGACCCCGCCCAGCGCACUGCAGGUCCGGGCUCCAGGGCGCCCCCGGGGACCCCAGGGGAGGGCGCCGUAGACGCUCCAAGCCUGGGUAUCAUCUCCACCAACGAUCUAGAGGACUUUGCCACAGAAGGCAUUUCUUGA